AUGGAAAUAUUUAGAAGGGCUUUGGAGAUGUCUGGGCUCUCUUAUCUGGGAUGGUGUGGGUAUAAAUUUACAUGGAGCAAUGGUCAUGAGGAUGAGUCUUUUGUAAAAGAAAGGUUGGAUCGAGCUAUAGCUAAUCAUGGUUGGGCUAGUAGAUUUCAAGAUAUGAAUGUGGAGGCUAUAGCGACUUGGGUUUCAGACCACAAAUCCCUUGUUCUUACUGCUAAUAGAAAUGUGCAGAGGUAUUUCAAGAAAAUGAACUUUAAGUAUGAAAUGAGUUGGGAUAUGAAAGAGGAGUGUGGAAAAAUUAUAGAAGUUGAAAGGGGAAAGACCUCUGGUGUGAAUGAGCCACAAAAAAAGUUACAGAGGGACCUUGCUGGAUGUAGAAAUUCAUUAAGUAGAUGGUGUAGAAAUUAUGUUCUAAGAAGGGAUGGUGAAAUCAAAGAGUUGUCUGAAAAAAUAAAAAUAAUUGAGGAGGAGGAGGGGCCAGAGAAUAUAUGUGAACUAAAGAGGCUAAAAGGAGAGCUUAAUGUCCUUCUAGAGCAGGAAGAUCUAAGGUGGAAGCAGAGGGCAAAAAAGCAUUGGUUAACAUAUGGUGAUAGAAACACUAAGUUCUAUCAUGCAUGUGCUAAUCAGAGAAAGAAGAAAAACACUAUCAAAGCAAUCAUGACUCUCAAGGGAGGAUGGUGGAGGAAGAGGUGGAGAUAG